AUGGUCUCCGCCUACUCCGCCAUCAUCCUCGCCGCUAUUGGCAUCAGCCUCGCUUCUGCCUGCACCGACACCAACACCAACUGCGCCAACUGGAGCAAGAACGGCUUCUGCACCAGCAGCUUCUACACGCCCGCCCAAAAGUCGCAGUACUGCCCGUCGACUUGCAAUCUCUGCGGCAGCGUGACAGGAAGCACCUGCAGCGACAGCAACGCCAAG